CGUCACAUGGUGAGAAUUGCCCUCCUCAAUUCCUCGCGCAGUGAUCUGUGUCGCUUUGCCAUUUUUCGAAAUAAAAACAAAAACAGAUGAUCUCAGAAUCCCAUGGCUUCAUCUUAAACCACGAACCUGCGAUGAAGUUUGGAGUACGCCAGGGAUAAGUGAAGAUGUUCAACGGAGAGUCAGCCGCGAAGAGAGUGAUAUUUGAAAAGGCCGGUUGAAUUGUGCCGUCGCGUGUCAGCCAAUCGGAUGCCCCUGGUUAGUAAUGACAGACAGUAAGGGGAGUUCACUGCCUGCAAUGCCAGAGCCCAGGAGUCCUACCACCAUGAAACAGCCGUCUGAUUCACCUGGAGGAUGUAAAAGUCGGGGUGAUGGGAGUGCUGACCCUACUAUGCUCAUGGAUAAAGCUGCUACCCAGCUGGCGGCUACACCUCAAGAAAGUGUUCUGCAGAUGAUUGGUCAUAACCACACCCACGAGCGGCUAAAGGACCUGACUUCCCGCUUGUUAAAUGGCGAUCAAGACAAAAUUCCAAAGCUCUGUGCUGCCACAGCUCCACAGCCUCUUCUCAAAGGGGUGGAGCCUCUUCCUCAACAUGCCAGCCCUCCAAGGAAGUCCAGUGUUUCUCCUGAACUCACUUUCAAAAUAACCAAAUGUGUGGUAAAUCUAGGUGGGAAGUCAAGCCGAUACGGAGCGGAUUAUGAAGGGGAGAGAGAAGAGGAGACAGAUGCGCCUUUGAGACUGUCAGAAGGUGUUCUGUCCUCUCCAACUGGCAGGAGAGAAAGACGAAAGAAAAAGAGGGGGCUUGUGAGGAAGAGAACGCCACCAAAUCGGAGACGUCCGAUUUUAAGCGCUACUGCGAGUUCUGUUCCACCCCCUCUUCUGCAAACCACCAUAAAUUCAAAUGACCUCACCAUUGAACCAUGCGUUCUUCCUACUAAUGAGCAGACUGAUGGCGAGAUACCUGCUAGUGUAACUCCCAUCCCUAUCCAGCAGCCUGUGUCUGUUUGUGAAGUGAGUGAUGUUGCACAGGAUGUGGAUGAUGUAAAAGUGAGUGGUACUGAGACACAACACCAGUUGCGGUACUCAGCCGGAGAUGUUAUCUGGACCAAAGUGUCUGGAUAUCCAUGGUGGCCAUGCAUGAUCACUGCAGACCCAGAGUUCAACUUGCACUAUAGGUCAAAAGUGAAAAGCCGCACAGGAUUGUUGUAUCAUGUGCAGUACUUCGGAGAUGCUCCGGAGAGAGGAUAUGUCUUUGAGAAGAGCAUAGUCACCUUCUCAGGAAGACACCAGUACCAAUCACUUAGCCGCAGCAACAAACUACCCAUUGAUAUCAGUGGAAGAAAGCGGGCAAUUCCUCGUAAGUUCCGGAAACAGUGGGAGAUAGGUGUGUUACAGGCAACAGAAGCAUUGGGUCUACUAAUAGAGGAGCGACUGGCCAAAUUCAGCUUUGUUUAUGAAAAGGGGAAAGCCCAGUUCAACCCUCGCAUGCUACAAGAGCUACAAGCACAACGCAAUCAGGGACCACAGCAAGACCAAGCUCAGAGGGAGUCUCAAGAGCUUGUCAGCCUCACUCCCCCAGACUCCACUCAUUCCAGCCCCAACUCCACCACACCUACCACCAUCCCAGGCCUCUUGUCCCACCCCACAGACAGCAGCACUUCAUCAGGGAAAACCACCCUACCCAAAAAAGCACCUAAAACGUCAGUGAAGAGGGAUCACCGCAGACAGUGUGGCACAACACUGAAGUAUAAGAAGACAAAAGCUUCCUCUGCUAAACAGAUCCCUCUGACUGAGUCUGCUGUUCAGGAUUCCUGCAUUUCAUCAGAGACACCUGAGCACCAGAGGAAAAGAAAGACAAAUGCUGGGAAACAGACUUACCAGAAAAAAGACCUGCUCUGUAUUGAUCUAGACCUUCAGCUAAAAGCUCCUCAGAAGAAACAGAGACAGAUCAGACAGAAGUUUCCUGCAGCACCAAAUUCAGUGAAGAAGAGGAAAAUAAAAGCAGGCGUCAGUAUCUCUGACACUUUAAACGCUGUGUCCACUAAUCCUGGACUUUCAGAUAUAAAGGUAUCAGUGCUAAGCCCAAAACUCUUGGAGAAGGAGGAUGGCGCUUCUAAAGGACAGAAAAAAGGCUACAAGCGUUUACGAGAGUCAAAGGAGGAUGUGGCACUGCAGCCUAAAAUGAAAACCAAGCUUGAAAAGGAGUUGAAAAAGCAGAAAGGCCAAAAGAAUGCAUCAUCAGCUGAGGCCGCUGUCACUAAACCCAGGGGGAGGAGGCGGAAAGCAGACAGGGAUGAAAGAAGGAAACAAACUAAAAAAUCCCCAAGUGAAGAAGAGUCUCCUGCUAAAGUCAAACGUGUCAGGAAGCGGAAACAGGAGUCAGGCAGCCAAUCGUUACCUGUUGCAUCUAAGAAGCGCCGCCCAUCAUCUUACCCUGAGCCAGAAAGUUCGCUGUGUGAGCAGAGACCCGAUUCUCCCAGUGACAGUACAGACGAAUCCCAUCCCUCAAAAAAGACCGAACGCACUGCCGGUGCCAAAAAGGAAAGCGUGUGUCUGGUGUGUGAGCAGACUGGGGAGGAUCUAGUGAUGUGUGAGGGACAGUGCUGUGGCUCAUAUCACCUGAAUUGUAUUGGACUGGAGCGAUCCGCAGAAAAGGUGCUCUGCACUGCCUGCAGCUCAGGUGUGCAUGUGUGUUUCACCUGUAAGAAGUCUGAAGGAGAGGUGCGGCGUUGCUGUGUUCUUCACUGUGGCCGCUUCUACCAUGAAGCGUGUGUGCGGUUGAGCGCUCUGACUGUGUUUGAGAACCGAGGCUUCCGCUGCCCGCUGCACACCUGCCUCAGCUGCCACUACAGCGGCCGUGGCACUGGCAAGGCCACAAAAGGAAAGAUGAUGCGUUGUUUGCGUUGUCCCGUUGCCUAUCAUGUUGGAGACCUGUGUGUUGCUGCGGGCAGUGAGAUGCUGUCGUCUUCUGCCAUUGUGUGCACAAACCACUUCAGGGCUAAGAAAGGCUACAGUCACCACUCUCACGUCAACGUCAGCUGGUGCUUUAUCUGCUCAAAGGGUGGCCGUCUGCUGUGCUGUGAGUCAUGUCCAGCUGCAUUUCACCCUGAUUGUCUGAACAUCGCUAUGCCUGAUGGCAGCUGGUUCUGUAAUGACUGUCGCUCAGGGAAGAAACCCAAAUACAGAGAUGUUAUCUGGGUUAAACUGGGGAACUACAGAUGGUGGCCUGCAGAGAUCCGUCACCCUAAGAACAUCCCAACAAACAUCCAGCACCUGCGUCAUGAGAUCGGAGAGUUCCCCGUGUUCUUCUUUGGCUCUAAAGACUAUUUCUGGACACACCAGGGCAGAGUCUUUCCUUACAUGGAGGGGGACAGGGGUAGCAAAUACCAACACAAUGGCAUUGGGAAGGUCUUUAAGAAUGCCCUGCUAGAGGCAGAAACUCGCUUUAAGGAGAUCGAGAUGGAGAGGGAGGCCAAAGAGGCUCAGGAGAACAACAAGAAACCUCCUCCUUACAAGUACAUCAAGGUGAAUAAGCCUUGUGGACGAGUGCAGGUCUACACCGCAGACAUCUCUGAGAUCCCCAAGUGUAACUGUAAGCCGUCAGAUGAGCGUCCUUGCAGCUUUGAGUCUGAGUGUCUGAACCGCAUGCUGUUGUACGAGUGCCAUCCUCAAGUGUGUCCGGCUGGGGAACGCUGCCAAAACCAGGACUUCACCAAACGCCUCUAUCCCGAGACCAAGAUCAUCCGCACCGCAGGCAAAGGCUGGGGCCUGGUGUCAAUGCGAGACAUUAAGAAAGGGGAAUUCGUGAAUGAAUAUGUGGGUGAACUGAUAGAUGAGGAGGAGUGCAGAGCCAGAAUCAAAUACGCUCAAGAGAACGACAUCACACAUUUCUAUAUGCUCACUAUUGACAAGGAUCGGAUUAUAGAUGCGGGACCCAAAGGGAACUACUCUCGCUUCAUGAACCACAGCUGCCAGCCCAACUGUGAGACUCAGAAAUGGACAGUUAAUGGAGACACACGCGUGGGCCUGUUUGCCGUGUGUGACAUCCCUUCUGGCACUGAGCUGACUUUUAACUAUAACCUGGACUGUCUUGGGAACGAAAAGACUGUGUGCCGCUGUGGAGCGCCCAACUGCAGUGGUUUCCUAGGUGACAGACCCAAGAACGGUCAUCCUUCUGAGCCCAAAAAUAAGCAUCAGAAGAAAAAGCCCAAGCGGAGAAGGUCCCGGAAUGAAGGCAAGAAGUCUGAGGAUGAGUGUUUCCGCUGCGGUGAUGGAGGAGAGCUGGUUCUGUGUGACAAGAAGGGCUGCACUAAAGCCUAUCACCUUUCCUGCCUAGACCGCACCAAGAGACCAUUUGGUCGCUGGGAUUGUCCCUGGCAUCACUGUGACGUGUGCGGAAAGAACUCCGAUGCUUUCUGCCAGCUGUGCCCUAACUCUUUUUGCAAGGCUCACCAGGAGGGGGCGCUGCGAUCGCACCCGCUCACGGGCCAGCUCUGCUGCCAGGAACAUGAAGACUCCGAUAUCCGCCCUCAGGCAGAGACCCCGGUGGAGCACACCGCUGAAGUACUCUCAUCCACCAAACCACGCAAGUACAGGCGCAGAACGGAGGCCAAAACCAGCAGCAAAGCACCUCUCAAGAAGAGGUCCAGAAAGACCGCUGAGGUGUAGUGGGAUAUCGAACUAUGGAACCUGCCGUUCCUCCCACUAAUCCUGUCCUCCUCCUCCUCAGCUCCUGCCCCAAAUGAUUCAGUGAAAUUGACGUCAUGUGACUGUUCUGCCAAGCUGAAAGCACUGUACGUGUCUGAUCAGGGAAGCAUGUUAACACUGUAGAGCUCCUCAGAGCUGCCGAAUCAGGUCUCCCUCCACUCACUCUGCCUCCUCAUGUUCCACUCGUGUGUAUGUGCGUGUGUGUGUGUGUGUGUGCGUGUGUGCGCAUGCACUGCCAAAUAGACAACAGAGCCGACAGACUGAACACCUCAAAUAAACAGCAUUAUGGACGCCAAACUUGAAACCUUUUUACGCCGUUAUGAAUCUUGGCAUAGAUUUUUUUUUUUUUUUUUUUUUUUUUUUAAACAGUAGAUAUGUAUAUGGAAAUGUAUAUGAAAGACCAAAAUUAUAAUAAUACUGGAUUUAUUGUUAGUAACAGGUGCCAGAAGUUUUUGUUUUUAACAAGUGGUAUCUUUAAAUAAGACACUAUGGGUAGCCCUUGAAUUCAAUUUUUAGAGUCAGUACAUAUAAAUAUAGAGCAGCACAAUUUUUUUUUUUUUUCUUUUUUUUUUUUUUUAUAGCUUGGUUCAUUUUUGUAGCUCUUUUUUGAGUUUGAGUAACCAGGACGUUAGGAUGUUAAAUCUACCUAUUCAGAGUUUUAAAACGGCAAAUCAUGACUGGCUUCUUGUGAUACUUACGAGAAAUAAAGCUUUUUGAAGCA